UUCAUCUCUCCGUCAGUGCAACCACCUGACCUUUCAAAAUCUGCGCUGCUGGAACAAUAAUGGCGACCAAGCGGUUCUUUGAUGACUCUGAUGAUCAAGACCCAGAUGAGCCCCCUCACCAACGCGUCAGGCCCACUCUUGCUUCGGUGAUAGGAGAAGUAGUCAUGGUGAAAAACUUGCAGAACCUUCUGUCGGGCUUGGAACCUUUGCUCAGAAGGGUGGUGAGUGAGGAGGUGGAGGGAGUUAUGAGACGCAUGUAUCCGAGAUCUAUGAUGACCAGGUCUGCAUCGCUGAGGAUACAAGCAGCAGAAGAAGCACCAAACCUAGAACUGAGCUUUAAGGAAAAGCUGAGUCUCCCCAUAUUCACGGGAAGCAGGAUACAAGACAUUAAUGGGAACCCAAUCCAGGUCGUUCUUGUAGACAAAAGCGGCAAUCGAAGGGUUCCCACGAGCGUGCAUUAUCCCAUGAAGCUUGAAGUUGUGGUUCUGGAUGGAGAUUUCCCACCUGCUGAUAAGCAGGAAUGGACGAGCAACGAAUUCAGCGACCACAUAGUGAAGGAGAGAGCUGGGAAGCGACCCUUGCUGGCUGGAGAACUCAACAUGACCAUGAGAAAUGGGAUUGCAUGUCUGGGAGGGGAUAUUGAGUUUACGGAUAACUCUAGCUGGAUCAGGAGUAGGAAGUUCAGAGUGGCUGUCAGAGUUGUUCCUGGGACCAAUCCAGGCCCUAGGGUUCUUGAAGGCUUCACUGAACCUUUUGUCGUCAAGGAUCAUCGAGGCGAAUUGUAUAAAAAACACCAUCCUCCAGUGUUGGAAGACGAAGUGUGGCGGCUGGAGAAGAUUGGGAAGGAUGGGGCAUUUCACAGGAAGUUGUCCGCAAAUGGUAUUAACAAUGUUCAGGAGUUUCUCAAGCUGUCUGUGGUCGACCCUGCCAGACUCAGAGAGAUAUUAGGGAUAGGGAUGUCAGAGAAGAUGUGGGAAGCGACGUUGAAGCAUGCGAGGAGUUGUAAGAUGGAGAACAAGCUCUACAUAUACCGUGGGCCUCACUUUGCGGUGUUUCUGAAUCCCAUAUGCCAACUGGUCAGAGCUGAGAUCAACGGCCACGUCCUCCAUGGAAGAGACCUCAACAACAUUAACAGGAGCUAUGUUGAGAAGCUGGUAAGAGAAGCAUACGCCCGAUGGGAUACCUUGGAGGAAGCAGCGCCUGAAGGGCUUUUGAGCGAUAACGUUUCCUUGUUAGCUCAAGGGGAAACAGUGGAUCAAAUUGCAGAGAACCUUCCAAUGAGUUGCGAUCUCUUUGGAGAUAAAUCAGCACAAGAGGCCAGCUAUGGAGGAGUGGCAGCUGGAGGCAGUGAGUGGUCGACGUUGAAUUCGAACCCAGCAUAUCCCACCGUAGUGGGGAAUACCUUUCCUUUCAGCUUCUCGGAGUCACAAUCAGAAGUUGAUAAUAUGACGCCUUCAGGCUCUGUCAUCCAUGGAUCUCCCAAGUGGUCCUAAACUUAUCGUAUUUAUUAGCUGCGUACUCCUUUCUACUUUAAACAUGCAAGUACAAGACAUGAGUUAGUUUAGAAAGGAUCAUAGACCCCCCCGGUUACUGUACGGUCAAUAUAAAUAAGCCACAAGUGGAUCCACCAUAAUUCCAUUAACGAGCUCUGUCUCCAUUCACUAAUGUUCAUGUAUGACUUAGCU